GAUGGUAGUAAUAAAAAUAGAGAUGUUAAAGCGAAUGGCAGGAUGGAGAAGUUUAGACAUCCCCAGCAGAAUGAUGCCCAUCUAAUAAGACCUGGAUCAAAUCAAAAUCAACAGCUUCACAGGGAAGAAAUGAGUCAGUAUAAGUCAAAGGGAUUUUAUCUACAGUUCUCUGUAACUAAAGGCAAAAAAACAGCAACCAACCCUAGAGCAAACAUCCAUAUAUAUAGCAACACCACAUCACAAAACGAGGACAUGUUUGGUGGCAAGCCUCAGCCUCACAAACUUCAGAAAAAUAACACAAAUAAAAUAAAAGUGGGAAAAACAUUUGAAAGUGGUUGGUUUAAAAAUAUAUCCUGUGGCAAAAUGGAUGAUGGUCACUUGAACAAACCCUGCAGAAAGAUAAUAUUAAAUAAAAGGAGUACUGGCUACCAAACAACUCAAGACAACACAUGUUCAGAUGCAAAUAAUGAUGCUAACAUUCAAAACACUAGGAAUGGAAAUGAUGCCUUUGAUUCAAGUGAGUUUAAUGACCCAAAUGAUUCAAAAGACCUUCCUUAUGACUACUAUACAACGUACACACACAGCAAUGCUCUUUCAAUUGAAUUUAAUGAUCCAUCUGACUCUAAUGAAUCAAGCCUUCCCAUUGGUUCAAACCAAGAAGGUAACCAUGGUGCAUUAAACAAAUCUGGUACUUCAAGCAGCUUUAGUGCAUCAACUGAGUCUAGUGACUCCAGUGAGUCAAGAGAAUCUGAUAGCAACAGUGGAUCAAAGGAAGUCUUAGCUAAACUGAGUAAUGAACUGAGCACAGCAAAUGACUCAAGUGACCAAGGCACCCUAGGCAGCAUUUCUACUGCAUCUACCACUAAUUGGAAUGUAUCUGAUGCAGCAAGUGAUUCUGAUAGUUCAGAUGAUACUACUGGUAUGAGCAGCUUAAGUGUGUCAAGAGGAGCCAGUUACUCAAGUGAAUCCAGUUCCCUGAGUCAGUCAAAUGAAUCAGAUGCCAGCACUCACUUUAGUGGUUCCAAAAACCUGGCAAAAUGAGUGACCAGCAUGAGCACAAAACCAUACCCAGUGUGAACUGAUCAACUGAAUGAAGAGGAAGAAGGGACAUAUGAUUUAUUUAGUGUAACAUAACACAUUUAACACAAGUUUUUAGGCUAAAUGUUACCAGCAUGGGCUAACUAUGUAGAAUACUGUACACCUGCGUUCAUUGUAACUCAAAUGCUCCAAACUCACACAAGUUUCACAACAAAGCUACAUAAGUGAAAAAAUUAGUAUGCCCUUUUUUUAAACAUAUUAGUCAGUCUUUGUGUCAAAGUAGAUUUAUUCAGUUUUAACAUUUUGACAUUUUGUCAUUUUCUUUUGCUACUCCUGCCAAAAUGCUAUACCUGCAUGUAUCUAAUUUGCCUUCUCAGUGUUUUUUUGUAGUUCAUCAACAGUUAAUCAAUAGAAGCUAUCUGUACAACUAUUCAAUAUUUAAAGAAACAGAUUUACAAAAGCUUCUGGAACAGAAUUUUUCAAGUGUUUAAUUGGUGUUUAUAUAAGCCAUACUGUCCAGUAUGCUAGUUCCCCAGCAUCACUUCAUACCUGCCCAGUCUUAGCCUUUUGAAAGAACAUAUCAACACUGAUGGAUAUGUAAAAAACAUUAGAGAAUACACUUCAAAUUACAG